AUGUCGUUUGAAAAUUAUAUACCGCCUUUGGAUCCCGCGAUGGGGAAUAACUCACUAAUAUAUCUACUGCAUAGCAAUAUACCCAUAAACUGUUCGGUUUAUUCUUUAACAAACGGCACUAUAAAACUAUUAAAUCACUACAACCAAACAUGGAACAAUGCAACUAACCUUCAUCAAAUUCUACCAGCAUAUUUUAUCACCAACUGUUCCAUUCCACGUCUUAUCGGGUUGGUGUCUCAACAAGAAAACUCAACUUCUCAGUAUAAUCAGAAUAGUGUUCCACUAAAAUUCGAUGGGAGCCCAUACAAUGAACGAGACAACGGUGAUACUUUUAUUGCCCUUCUUUUCACAUUAUGUGGUUCGUGUGUGUCUUGCUGGAUGUUAAGUUUACUACUAUACUUGACUCAAAAGCAUAGAAGAAAGCCGUGGUUGGCUCAAAUCACAACAAUAUUUUAUGCCAUAGUUACCAGUGUAUUACUUGAUAGACUUACCAAAGCAGCUGAAGUCGAGUAUUACGAAGACAACUUGGAUAUAAUAAAACUAAAUUGCAAACUUUACGACAAUAAUGUCUAUCGAAUAUUGAUGAUUUUAACACAGGCCUUCACUAUGCUGUCUUGGUUCCAAAUUAUUCAACGACUAGUACGACUGAAGUAUAAGCUUAUUACAUCAAUUAUCAAUUUUAUAAUUAUGGGGUUGUAUAUUGCGAUUUACGCAUACUUUCAAGUAACAUUUACCACAAGGGAUUAUAUAACCCAUGAAAUGGAAGAUUUCUCCGCAUACCAUCGUUGGGAUAUUGCAUGUGUAACAUUGAGACUUGUUGUUGCAAUUUGGUUUCUUGGAGUUCUUGCAUAUUAUACAACGGUUAUGAAGAAUCCACGUAAAAUCUGUUACUCGAGGAAGUUGUUGCCUUUGGCUACAUUAGUUUGGUUCUUCUUCAUCUUGGACGUUGUCAUUAAUAUACUUCAUGUUUCAUUGUUUAGAUUGCGGUGGUUAGUGAGAACAUGGUUAGUUCUCAUUCCGUAUUUGAUUGAAAUAAUCUUGCUAACAACCAUUUGGGAAUGGAUCUACAAUAUUUGGAUUCUUGAAAAAAGGUAUGAACUUAUGAAUGUUCUAGGAAGGAGAAUUAGUUAUGAAGAUAUUGUUAGUUUCAAAAAUAAUGAUUCGGCAAAGAAAACUACCAAGCUUGAUAAUCUUUUGGAUUGGAUAAUCAACAAGUUUACGGGACAAACAACAAUCAAUCAUGUUGAAGAAAGAUCGGAUGAUAGCCUAAAGGAGUAUUUUACGCUGACUAACUCAGAAGGAUCCGAAGAAAGGACAACCGCAAUUCCCUUGCAAGAUCGUGAAUUUGAAUUGCGUGAAAUUCGAUCGACGCAAGAAAGGAUAGGAGAUGCAGGUGCAACUCGCCAACAAAAUCGUGCUGGACACGAUGUAAGUAACGAAGCAACCACACAAACUGAAGAUACUGACUCCAAUCGUGUAUCAAUUCAGGAUAGUGAGCACGACAGCCAAGUUGUUGAUUUAGACGAGUAUGAUGAUGAAUAUGUAAAUGAUUAUGAAAUGUGGAGUGACGAAGAAGAAGAUGUAACACACACUAUGGACGACAAUAGGGGGCAGAAAAGUAUCGACAGGGUUCAAUAA